AUUAUAACAACAACACCUGAAACAAAAACAGAACCCUAAUUCUUUGUUACAUUUUGGUUUUUGAAGCAGCUCAAAAUUUUGAGAAGAUGAUGAGAAAAGGGAAGCUUUCGAUAUGGAAGACGACUAAAGAAAGGACGAGAUUGAAAUUUUUGGGACUUGGAGGAGGGCUAAAGUGGAAGAGAUUGAAUCUGAAGAUGACGUUUUUGGAAACUUUGAGAUACAGAAUCAUGUCUAUCAUCGAGGCUAUGGUUUUGGUAUCCAAGCUUGCUUUCUUCUUCCUCUGUUGUGGUUGUAAAUUCUAACAAAAGUUAGUUUUGAUUUUUUUGUAACUCUGUUUUUUUUUGUAUAUCUAGUUUAUUUGUAAAAUUUGUUUUUUCAUUCCUUCAAUUCAAUAUGAAAGUUUCUUAUUCAUCUCU